AUGGCUGCAUUAUCACUUUUCAAUGAAAUGUGGCAACAGCUUCUUCAGAGCAAUAUUUUCCUGCUUCCUCUUCUCUUGCUUUCUGCAUACAUUCUGAUAUCACUUACAAGAUCAUCUUCAAGUGGGAAAAACUACAAACUGCCACCUUCCCCACCAACACUGCCUCUGAUUGGGAACCUUCACCAGCUAGGCAAAUUCCCACACCGCUCUCUUUGUGAUCUGUCGAAGAACUAUGGCGAUAUAAUGCUCAUGCACUUUGGCAAACUUCCAACGCUGGUAGUUUCAUCUGCAGAACUGGCCAAGGACAUGAUGAAGAACCAAGACAUUGGUUUCUCUGGCCGGCCUCAAACUACAGCUGCAACUAUAUUGUUCUUCGACGGCUAUAACGUUGCGUUUGCUCCUUAUGGGGAGUACUGGAGAAAAGCUCGAAAAGUUGUUGUUCUUGAGCUUCUGAGCGUGAAAAGAGUGCAGCAGUUUCAGUACGCAAGGGUGGAAGAAUGUGCAGAGCUGGUCAGCAAGAUUCGCAAAGCCUCCGCCAGCACAAAAGGGGCUCCCAUCAAUCUGGGGCCGCUGCUGGUGUCAACCUCCAACAACAUCAUCUGUAGGUGCGUCCUUGGACAGAAGUUUGAGGACAAAGAAGACAAUUGGUUUGAAAAGGUCAUAAAGGAGUUGAUGGUUCAGAUGAUGACUUUCAGCUUUGGAGAUUUCUACCCUUCUUUGAAAUGGGUUGACCAUGCCAGAGGCUACAUUGCACGUUUGAAAUCAAUUCGAAGUGAAUUGGAUGGAUUUUAUGAUAAGUUGCUUGACGAACAUAAAGCAGCGCAGAAAGAUGGUAAGCCUCGUAAGAAGGAUAUUGUGGAUUUACUCCUCGACCUUGAAAAGGAUGGCUCGCUCGAUUUUGAGUUCAAUGUCAAAGGACUUAUGCAGGACAUGUUUGUUGGGGGAAGUGAUACUAGUUGGACAUCAAUGCUAUGGUUAAUGUCUGAGCUUUCGCAAAAUCCACGGGUGAUGAAGAAAGUCCAAGAAGAGGUAAGAAGAGUGGCAGGGAAAAGGGGAUAUGUAGACGAGAGUGACAUCAAGGAAAUGAAGUACUUGUCAUGUGUAAUCACAGAAAAUCUAAGGCUUCAUCCUCCAGGUCCUCUUUUACUUCCUCGUGAAACAACUGCAGAUGUAAAAUUGGGAGGUUACGACAUCCCUGCGAAAACACAGGUGUUUGUGAAUGCAUUCGCAAUACAAACAGACCCCCGAGUCUGGGACAAGCCAGAAGAGUUUAUUCCAGAGAGGUUUGAGGAGAACUCCAUCGGUUUGGUAGGUCAAGAGUUCGAACUCCUCCCUUUUGGUGGUGGAAGAAGGGUGUGCCCCGGACUCGCCUUUGCAAUUGCUUCAGCUGAAUAUGUGCUUGCCAACCUACUGUUUUGGUUCGAUUGGAAGUUGCCUAGUGGUGGUACUAAAUUGGUUGACACAUUGAACAUGACCGAAGUGUUCGGACUCACAGUCCAUAAGAAAGCUCCUCUGUAUCUUAUUCCAACGCCAUACACCCCUUGA